UUUUGUUGUUGCACACCGGCGAUCGUAAUGACAGCAUGCAGCGUGUGUCCUUUUGAAGGAUCAACAGUAAAUUCUGAGAGAACAUACAGUUGAUAUGGUAUCCCUACAGAAAGCACUUGUGUAAUUUUGGAAAGACGUCAGUGAUGAUGCUUCAGAGAUUUUGCUCACGGGCUGUGCGAUGGAGAAACACCUCUGCCCCAUUUCAGACUGUUUUGAGGAAACAUGUGGUGUGUUUCAGAUUUCUGGUGGCCUGCUCAGUUUCUUCUGAACGUGUCUUAACUCGACCCAUCAGCACCAGCUGGAGCGUCCGGAAAGAUGAAGCAGUUCCUGCUGAAAAACUUGAUCUGGACAUCUGGAAAUCCAUGAUGAAAUCUCAGGCCCUGCAUGAGGAGAGAAACGACGAGGAGAAUUUAACUCCACGUGCCGAGGCCGAGCCGUCUAUGAUGGACGCCAAUCGAGAGCUGGUGGAGAUGUGGCAUCACGCUGGAAAGAUGGUCCCGAAGACUAUCACAGAUGAGCAGCUGGAGCAUCUCUCUGGACUGACCACGAAGUCUGCUAAAAAGAAGUUUCUCAAGUUCUUGGCCGUCAAGGAACGGCACAAGGUCAUCAAGAAGGAGAAGAAGGAAGAAAAGAAUUUGGAGAGGAAAGCGGAGGUUGAUGAUGAAUGUGAAAAAGAUGUUGGAGAUGCCUUGAAGAACACAUUCCUGUUGAGGUUCUGGAGCCGGUCUAUGGACACGCUUCUAAACUGGAGGGGUGCGCAGACCAUGCGCUUCGGGCAGCCGUUGGUGUAUGACAUGAGCUACGAGCAGCACAUGACACGGAGAGAGAUAGAAAACACCAUUUCACAGCUGAUGGAGAUGGAGGGAUGGAACCGUAGAUCCGUCGACCCCUUUCACCUGCAUUUCUGUAACCUUCAGCCCAAUGGAACCUAUUACAAAGAACUCCUUAAACGCUACGGAACAGAGACCUGGGAACGUCUGUUCAUCACAGCAACAGCUCGCCAACACGUGGAGAUGUUUCCUCAAGAGAGCAUCGUCUACCUCACGGCCGAUUCUCCAAACGUCCUGCAUCGCUUUGAUCACAGUAAAGUGUAUGUCGUGGGUGCCAUGGUCGACCGUUCCAUACAUACAGGUGUGUCUUUGGCCAAUGCGAAACGCUUUAGACUGGCCACCGCUCGCCUUCCUCUCGAUGAAUACCUGGACUGGGACUCGGGUGCGAAGAACUUGACCCUGGAUCAGAUGAUCCGCAUUAUGACCACCAUUAAAGAAACAGGGAGCUGGCAGAAAGCUUUAGAGUUUGUGCCUAAAAGGAAACACAGUGGCUUUUGUCAGAACAGAAGCGCACAGCCGAGAUAUGGGAUGCUGAUGAACAGAGAUGAAGACAGGGAGAGAGAAAGAGACAGAAUAUUUUUGAGUAAACGGAGAAGCCCAUCGAGUAAUAAUAUUUGGAAAGAAUCUGUCCGCGUGUCCAGUGACCGCAGUAAAGUUCAGACGGCGAUGAGAAAUAAAACAGAUGGACAGAAAAUAAAAAAAGAGAGGAGGAACCGGUUGGAGGAUAAUGAAUAAUACAAUUUUUAUAACAUUAUUACUGUAAUGUACUGGUUCAAAAGAAAUAAAUCAUGUGUUCAGAU